AAUAUGCAUGUCGCUUACAUUAAUAAUCGCUAAUGUCGCGACUACCUAUAGAAGAUUCAGUAGUCUCAAUAGAGUAAUAACAUUGUGUCCCAUUGAACUACUUCCACGAUCAGCAAGAAUUCCAAGUGUUAUUCGAUCUUACAUACUUAAAGUAGUUUCGACAACUAUAACACAGAGCUAGGUGGUGCAGGGCAUGAGGUGUCAGUCCUCAAUCCGCAAUCAUGGAUCAAAUCCCGCGGACACGGGAAGAUAUUGAGGCUCAAAUCCGAGACAUACAGGAAAAAAAGAAGAAUGUGCAAGCCAAUGCUGUUGGAGAAGAGCAGGUAGCUCUAGGCAAAACUGGAUUCUAUGAUCAGGAUAUUUACGAUGGGACCAAUAACAAGUUUGAUGGAUAUGUCACAUCCAUUGCAGCUAAUGAUGAAGUCGACGAUGAAGACUAUGAACCAAGUACAUUCAGCACAAACAAGAGGGGUUUUAAUGCUCCAGCUGCUUUGCUCAAUGAUGUUGCUCAGAGUGAAAAAGACUAUGAUCCAUUUGCGGAUAGAAGGCGUCCAACGAUUGCUGACAGAGAAGAUGAAUAUAGGCAGAAAAGGCGACGGAUGAUUAUUUCACCGGAGCGUGUGGAUCCUUUCGCAGAAGCAACGGUCUACACAUGUGGAAUCAUCUGCUUAUCCUGGAAUCUAAGUCAAAGAUGUCAAGUAUUUUACAAACUGGAUGACAUGAGCAGGCAGUGCUCCCUGUGGCACCAAAACUUCACGUGGAAAAACUCCAGAUGUUGGCUCAAGGACAUACACAGAGAUUAUGAAGGAGCAGCUUCUAAAAGGAGAAGAGUCUGAGCUGCGCAAGAAAAUAGCUGAAAAAGCCAAAGAUGGAACCCUUAAAACAAAUGGAGAAGCAAAAGCAGCUCCCAAGAAACGUGGUCGUUGGGAUCAAACAGAUGAUACUCCAACUAUCAAAAAGCCUACUAUUGGCACAGUAGCAACCCCAACAUCUUGGGAUAAUGCAGAUGUCACACCAGCUGCUGUAAGGUGGGAUGAAACUCCUGGUCAUGGUAAAGGAGGCGAAACCCCUGGAGCUACACCGGGGGUCAGCACACGAAUCUGGGAUGCAACACCUGGACAUGCGACACCGGGUGCAACAACCCCGGGGAGAGAAACACCGCUCGAAAAAGUAGUUUCCAGCCGAAGAAAUAGGUGGGAUGAAACUCCUAAAACAGAAAGAGAAACCCCUGGCCACGGCAGCGGAUGGGCUGAAACUCCAAGGACAGAUAGAGUAGCUGGUGAUUUGAUACAAGAAACACCCACGCCGUCUGCGAGUAAGAGAAGAAGUCGUUGGGAUGAAACUCCUACUCAAACCCCCGGAUCCAUGACGCCACAGACUCCGGCAACACCUUUGACUACUCCGCAUCAAACUUCUAUUUUGACGCCUAGUGGCACAACACCAAUUGGUUCAAAAGCUAUGGGCAUAGCCACUCCAACACCCGGGCAUCUCAUGUCAAUGACACCAGAACAACUCCAGGCUUACCGAUGGGAAAGAGAAAUAGACGAGAGAAAUCGUCCUUUAUCGGACGAUGAGCUCGACGCAAUGUUCCCUCCGGGAUACAAAGUGUUGCAGCCUCCUGCGGGUUAUAUACCUAUUAGAACACCUGCAAGGAAGCUUACAGCAACUCCCACGCCUAUUGCUGGAACACCCCAAGGAUUUUUCAUUCAGCAAGAAGAUAAAAAUUCUAAAUUAAUAGACAAUCAACCGAAGGGAAAUUUGCCUUUUAUGAAACCAGAAGACGCGCAGUAUUUUGAUAAAUUGUUGGUGGAUGUUGAUGAAGAAUCACUUAGUCCAGAGGAGCAAAAAGAAAGGAAGAUCAUGAAGUUAUUGUUGAAAAUUAAAAAUGGAACACCACCGAUGCGUAAAGCUGCUUUAAGGCAAAUAACGGACAAAGCGAGAGAAUUUGGUGCCGGUCCAUUGUUCAACCAAAUUUUACCUCUUCUUAUGUCUCCGACUCUAGAAGAUCAAGAGAGACAUUUAUUGGUCAAGGUCAUUGAUCGAAUUUUGUAUAAAUUGGAUGAUUUGGUCAGGCCUUAUGUUCACAAGAUUCUCGUCGUCAUUGAACCUUUGCUGAUUGACGAAGAUUAUUAUGCCCGUGUGGAAGGCCGAGAGAUCAUUUCGAACUUGGCGAAAGCUGCAGGAUUGGCUACUAUGAUCUCUACGAUGAGGCCUGAUAUCGACAAUAUUGACGAAUAUGUGAGAAAUACGACAGCCAGAGCAUUCGCUGUAGUCGCGUCGGCUUUGGGAAUUCCAUCUCUUUUGCCUUUUUUAAAAGCUGUGUGUAGAAGUAAAAAAUCAUGGCAAGCCCGACACACGGGUAUCAAGAUCGUUCAACAAAUAGCAAUUCUGAUGGGGUGUGCUAUUUUACCUCAUUUAAAAAGUUUGGUUGAAAUCAUUGAGCAUGGUUUGGUGGAUGAACAGCAAAAAGUUCGUACCAUUACUGCCUUGGCUAUAGCGGCAUUAGCUGAGGCAGCAACUCCGUACGGUAUCGAAAGUUUCGAUUCAGUAUUGAAACCUUUAUGGAAAGGUAUUCGUACGCAUAGAGGCAAAGGUCUGGCAGCUUUUCUCAAAGCCAUUGGCUAUUUAAUACCGCUUAUGGACGCUGAGUAUGCUAACUACUAUACUCGAGAAGUAAUGUUGAUUCUGAUCCGAGAAUUUCAGUCGCCAGAUGAAGAAAUGAAGAAGAUUGUGUUAAAGGUCGUAAAACAAUGUUGUGGUACUGAUGGUGUUGAAGCCCAGUAUAUAAAAGAUGAAAUUUUACCACAUUUCUUUAAACAUUUUUGGAAUCAUCGUAUGGCCCUUGAUCGUAGGAACUACCGACAGCUUGUUGAUACUACGGUUGAAAUCGCAAAUAAAGUUGGGGCCUCUGAAAUCAUCAAUCGAGUUGUUGAUGAUUUAAAGGAUGAGAAUGAACAGUACAGAAAAAUGGUUAUGGAAACUAUCGAAAAAAUCAUGAGCAAUCUUGGGGCAGCUGACGUUGAUUCUCGCCUCGAGGAACAGCUGAUCGACGGUAUUUUGUACGCUUUCCAAGAACAGACAACAGAGGAUGUAGUUAUGCUCAACGGUUUUGGUACAAUUGUGAACACACUGGGUAAACGCGUAAAGCCUUACUUGCCCCAAAUUUGCGGUACGAUAUUGUGGAGGCUCAAUAAUAAAUCGGCCAAAGUGAGACAGCAAGCUGCUGACCUGAUAUCUCGUAUCGCAGUAGUUAUGAAGACUUGUCAAGAAGAAAAGCUCAUGGGUCAUUUGGGAGUUGUACUUUAUGAAUACUUGGGUGAAGAAUACCCCGAAGUAUUGGGUAGUAUACUAGGAGCUUUAAAAGGCAUUGUUAAUGUUAUUGGAAUGACGAAAAUGACACCUCCAAUAAAAGAUUUACUUCCGAGGUUGACGCCUAUUUUGAAGAACAGGCACGAAAAGGUGCAAGAGAAUUGUAUAGAUUUGGUUGGAAGGAUAGCCGAUCGUGGUCCCGAGUAUGUAUCAGCACGCGAAUGGAUGAGAAUUUGUUUUGAACUGCUAGAAUUGCUCAAGGCUCAUAAAAAAGCUAUUAGACGAGCAACAGUUAAUACAUUCGGUUAUAUCGCAAAAGCGAUUGGGCCUCACGAUGUCUUGGCAACAUUAUUAAAUAAUCUAAAAGUUCAAGAGCGUCAGAAUCGAGUAUGCACAACUGUAGCAAUUGCUAUUGUCGCCGAAACAUGCAGUCCAUUCACCGUAUUGCCCGCACUUAUGAACGAGUACAGAGUUCCAGAAUUAAACGUUCAAAACGGUGUUUUAAAAUCACUAUCUUUCUUAUUUGAAUAUAUUGGAGAGAUGGGUAAAGAUUAUAUUUACGCUGUCAGUCCAUUACUUGAAGAUGCCCUAAUGGACAGGGACCUUGUGCACAGACAAACAGCCUGUGCAGCAAUCAAGCACAUGUCAUUAGGUGUUCACGGAUUUGGCUGUGAGGAUGCCUUGAUUCAUCUGUUGAAUUACGUAUGGCCGAACGUUUUUGAAACUUCGCCACAUUUAGUCCAAGCGUUUAUGGAUGCUGUAGACGGCUUACGCGUGUCACUGGGGCCAAUCAAAAUACUUCAGUAUACGUUGCAGGGCUUAUUCCACCCUGCAAGAAAAGUUCGCGAUGUGUAUUGGAAGAUAUAUAAUUCACUGUAUAUUGGUGGACAAGAUGCUCUAGUUGCUGGCUAUCCGAGAAUAAUGAACGAUCCAAAGAACCAGUACAUUAGAUACGAGCUAGACUACAUCUUGUAAUUAAUUUAACAUUCACAUAUUUUUUAGGGUAUUAGUUUAAGAAGUUUUCACAUGAUUCAUUACGUGGUAGGACAUAAGUUGAGAAUUUUAAAACAUCGACUGUACAAUAAAGUUUUUCUAAUCAUAUAAAUUUGCAUGUAAUACGGUUAUUAUAU